CCUAAAAUAUGAGCAGGUAGCUAGCUGGCGGCUUGAUGUCGUGGGCGGCGAAUAUGCUAGAAGGAGAGAGCUGAUAAGAUCGUCACAAAAACUGGUGUGACUCCACGUAGUUGAUGUUCAAAAAUCAUAGUAAAUAUGUAUUGCAAUAUAUUUGUAUUGCUGAUUGUAAUCUCAUUAUCUUAUGGAGAAGAUUAUUAUGAGUUGCUUGGAAUCAAAAGAGAUGCCAAUGACAAGGAAAUUAGAAAAGCUUUCAAAAAGCUGGCUGUCACCUUGCAUCCAGACAAGAAUACAAAUGAUCCCGAGGCUCAUAACAGAUUCGUAAAACUCACUACUGCUUAUGAAACGCUGAAAGAUUCUGAAACCCGAAAGAAAUAUGAUAUUUAUGGUGAGGAAGGUCUCAACAAUGGAUAUAAAGCAAAGCAAUAUCAGUCUUGGAGUUAUUAUCAGCAUCAGUUUGGGAUAUAUGAUGAUGAUCCUCAAGUAGAAACUCUCAAUAGGCAUGAUUAUAAUGAGAAAGUUUUAGACUCUGACAGUAUUUGGUUUAUAAAUUUUUAUUCGCCGAUGUGCAGUCAUUGCCACCAUUUAGCUCCUGCGUGGAGACAAGUGGCUAAGGAAUUAGAAGGAGUUGUUCGUAUCGGUGCUGUAAAUUGUGAAGAUGACUGGCAUCUUUGUCGCCAAAUAAAUAUCAGGUCAUAUCCAACGCUGCUUUAUUAUCCUAGACAUUCCACGCAUGGUGCGUUGUAUACAGGAGAAAAUACUCGUGAAAACAUAAUCAGCUAUGUUUUAAGUCGAUUAGAUGUUAAAGCUUUGCCAAUUAGUACAUCACUGGGUAAACGACUUAUUCAAGGUCUCGAGCCGACCGAAGGUGCGAGUCUAUUAUUUAUUUGUGGUAAAAACCGUGAUUGUUUUACGGCUGAAGAUCAUCUCAAAAUAGCUGCGAUUUUGAACAACAUGGUUACUGUACGAAUUCUCAGAUGUUCAGAUGAUGAAUGUGAUGAUACGAUUCCACACGACGUAGGUGUCGCGUUCCAGCAUAACAAUAAGAACAUAUCUUCUGACCCAUUAUUCUUUGAGGAUAUAGAUGAUGUACAGAUUCUUGCCAGGAAGGUUUUAGAGCAAUUACCGGAGCCGCAAGAUCUGAACCAGGAAGAUUUUUUGGGUAUAAGAACACGUCUUCGAUCAGACUUGGAUGCUGGUUGGUUGAUAUGUUUCUAUAUAGGGCAUGCUACGCAGUUAGAUGUACAGUUGAAGAAAUUACCUGGUAUUAUACAGAGUAUAAACUUGGGAAAAGUAAACUGUGGAAAAUAUUCGGACCUAUGCCAAAAGUUAAAUGUAAACCAUUACCCUGUGUGGGGAGUUCUCAAACCAGGUGGAGCAUUUGAGUUGCACCAUGGAAAAGACUCCGUUCACGAUAUUGCCAGUUUUGCUACUGAAAGUAUUAGGGCAACAAAUGUACAUAUGCUAUCAGUUGACGAAAUAUUGUCAAUUAUGAACAACAAAAAAGAUAGUGAGGCAUGGCUUGUUGACUGGUUUGCGCCAUGGUGCCCCCCUUGCAUAAGAUUCCUGCCCGAACUCCGCAAAGCAUCUUUACAUUUUGAGCCGUCUGUUGUUCACUUUGGGACAGUAGACUGUACUGUACACUCCACUGUCUGUAGACAAUUUAACAUACGCUCAUAUCCGACAGCAAUGUUGGUAAAUAAUAGUAAUACAAAUUUAUUUUCGGGGGAUAAAGUUGCUGCUAGUCUUGUCGAGUUUAUUACUGAGAUGAGAAAUCCUACAGUCAUAAAGUUGACAACAGAUGACUUUGAUCUCAAACUUGGUAAGAAAACAGUUGAUGAAAUUUGGCUUGUUGAUUAUUUUGCACCUUGGUGUGGUCCAUGUCAACAAUUAGCUCCUCAAUGGACGCUAGUUGCCAAGACUUUGCAAGUCUUGCCAUUUGUGCAUGUUGCGUCGGUCAACUGUGAACUGGAACCGUCACUCUGUUCAAAUCAAGGAGUACGUAGUUACCCAACGAUUAGAUUGUAUCCUACAGGCAGUAAGGGAUUAAAUCGUGUUGCAUUAUACAAUGGGGCAAGAGAUUCUCUGUCUAUGUUGAGUUGGGUAACAGAAUUUCUACCUGUAAUAGUUGAAAACUUGAAUUUUGAUCGUUUCGAUGACGUGAUUUUACCACGCAAGGAACCUUGGCUGGUUGACUUUUAUGCUCCUUGGUGUCACCAUUGCAUCGAGCUACAACCUCAUUACAACAUUGCAGCGCAGAUACUGGAAGGCAAAGUUCGAUUUGCAAAAGUUAACUGUGAGAAAUACAGAUCACUGUGUAGAAAAGCUUCAGUACGAGCAUAUCCUACAGUCAUGCUGUACUUUCCUGGUCAACAAUACAGUAACGAAUAUGACGGCAGUCAAAUAAAUACUGCAUCAGCCAGUAAAAUCGUAAGGGAUGUUGAAACAUUACUUUCAACAGCUUCAAGAUCGAAACGUGAUGAGCUAUGAUAGGAAUCAAUUUUCCCCUGUGUUAAAAGUCCCUAAUUUACCUGAGAAUCUCUACUUAAGAAAGCUACCUUUGAGGAGUUUUCGCAAAAUUCGCAUGCGCUAGCAAAUUAUAAAGACAAUAUCGUAUUUAUGUAGCUUGCUCAUAAAAUUUUAUAUAUUUUGUACUAAAAAUUCGGAAAAAUAUAGACAUAGAAAAAUACUGCACCCGUUACUCUGAACUCUCAUCGUUAGUUCACUACCAUUUCUUUUCUAAUGUGUUCAUUUUUUUACUGUAUAUUUUGAAGAAC